CCGGGCCUCGAAUCUUCCGGCCGGCCUCUCAAGUCACGGCCAUGUGGCCAUGCUGCCUGCGCUUUGCGCGCCCCGCGCGGCCCUUACGCCCCGCGCGCCCCACGCGCCCUGCGCGCCGACGCCGCGACCUGUCCGGGUGUCCAACGGAGGUCAUGCCGGCCGAUGGAGAGGGCGUUUGGUGUCUGUGGUGGGAUUGAGCCUUCUGACGCAUCGGUGUCGGACAGCUCGCUCGGCAGAAGAAUCGAAUGAAGGAGAAGCUCGGGGCAUGGUGCGGCGCAUCCAGCAGGCGCUGGAUACCUAUGGGGAACCUUUGGAGCUCUCUGUGCUGGGCUCUUUCCUGGAGUGGAGCUCAGAGCUACGGCGCCGGCACGGGCGCCUGAGCGUCUUCCUGCGGCAGCGCCCGGAGCUGUGGCUGUCUGCAGGCUGCGUUGGCACAGUCAAGCCUCGCACCUGGCCAGACACACCGACCACCUCUCUCUCUUCACUUCGGGCUGUGGAGCUCUUUUCGGGGAUAGGAGGACUGCGAGCGGCCUUCCAUCGCGCCUGCCAUUUGGAAGGACGCAGCGUUGGCCAGAUGUCGGAGUGGGUAAACUUUGAGUCGUCACGGCUUGCGAACCAGGUCUACAGCCGCAACUUCUCGGUGCCCUAUGAGCCAUUGCUGCCGAGAGACAUCCGGCGACUGCAGGCCUCUGAGGUGGAAGGCGCGGACCUCUGGGUCAUGUCUCCGCCGUGCCAGCCGUACACGCGCAUGGGCCUGCAGCGGGACCUGGCGGACCGGCGCGCGGCGCCGCUGAAGCGGCUGCUGGAGCUGCUGCCGAAACUGCGGCGCCCGCCCGAGGGAUUGCUGUUGGAGAACGUGGUGGGCUUCGAGACCUCGGCGUCCUUCGAGUUGCUGUCGGAGGCGCUGUGCCGAGCCGGCCUGGAAGUGCGGCAGUUCAUGCUGAGCCCCUUGCAACUGGGCAUUCCCAAUAGGAGGCCGCGCAUCUACCUGCUGGCUCGCCGUUCCGACACGCCUUGCGUGCAUCCAUUGGAAUCCGAGUUUCCAGGGCAGCAACGGUCCCCGGAGCCUCAACGAUUAGAGACCUUCCUGCAGCCGCGCCAGGAGAUUGACACGGAGACUUCAGUCCCCGCGAAGUUGCUUGAGCUGCUCUGGAAUCGGGGGCAAAGAUGGGAGGUGGUGACGGCGGGCAGUACCAGCUCUUCAACUUUCACCUCAGGCUACACAACUACUUGCUUUGACGCUCACCGCUUUGGGCCGCUGCUUGCUGAGAGCGGCGACGACCGUCGCUCAGACUGGUGCCCCCCUCGGCCCUUGCCGGGCGGCCGCAUGCAACGUCUAGUGGAGCCGGGUGAGGCAGUGAGGUACUUCACGCCGCAGGAGCUGCUGCGGAUCCAUGGCUUCCCGGAGACCUUCUCCUUCGGCAAGGCGACGCAACACCAACGCUACAAGCUCAUUGGUGACUCUAUCAAUGUGAAUGUGGUGGCAGAAUUGAUGCGCUAUUUGUUAUUUGAGUGGAUGGAGCUGGCAUGCAUCGAUGGGCAAAAGGGCUGGAGCACAUUCGGCGCCCAUUGGUAUGUUCUGUCGCGGAAGGAUGAGCUGGACAGGCUCGCAGCGGCAGAGGACAGCGCUGCGGGCCCUUUCUCCGUGUCGCCCUUUGUGCCCUGCGCCGCAGGGCGCAUACCUUACGUCCUGCAGGCAGCGCGCCUGAGCUCAGAGGACGUGCUGUGGGAUCUGGGCUGUGGUGAUGGUGUUGUCCUCAUAGAGGCAGCCCGGCGCUGCGGCUGCCGCUGCGUUGGCCUUGACAUCGACGGCCCGUGCAUCGAAGCUGCCCGCAGAAGGGCCUGCGAAGCCGGCGUGGCCGAGCUUUGCACGUGGCUGCGGUGUGAUAUGCUGACGCUGCCGCAGGGCACGCUGAGCGGCGCCGCUGAAGCUCCGAAGGAGCUGCAAGGUUUGGCAGCCACUGUGGCUUUGGUCUUCCUGACCGCCCAUGGGCUGGUGCGGUUUGCACCAUGGCUCCACCAGGAGUGGGCGUCAGCCCGGCUGCGGCUGAUCACGUGCGUGGAGUCUCUGGACUCUGCAGUUGACUUCAAUGAGCCGGAUGCGCUGUUUGCGAACCCAAACCCGUUGAACUGGCCUGUUUGCCGCGAUUUGGAGCGCUGGGGUGUUUUCGUGGUGCCGCCAUGCGGCGAGGACGUCGGCGCGUGGAGCGCCGGCGCGCGGCCGCUGCAGCUCACGCGUGCGGAGGCCGAGGCGACGCAGGCCGUGGUGCUGCGCGUGCUGGACGAGGCAGAGGUGGACAAAUUGAACGAGAUUGGUGGGGCCCUGCUUGCGGGAGAUGACACAGAUGAAGGAAUUGAUCUUUUUGCUACCUCAGAGGCGGGCUUUCACAAGGCGGCGGAGGCUGCCUUGCACCGCUCGCAGCAGCACCGGGUGCUGUAUCUCCAUUCCUCCAAGGUCCGAGGCCGAGCCCAGUUCUUGGAGGAUUUGGAGGCGAAGCUUGUGGCAUUCAUGAAGUCAGAGGAUGCCGCCCGUUGGGGCCUACUGUCAAAGCGACAUGUAGCUGUUCGCAGCAUGGAGUACCACGCCUACAGCGACGGUGGCUCUGUGAUGGAUCCUGAACACCGGGAUGACGGCUCCUUGCUGACCAUGUCAGUGCUCCUUUCGAGGCAAGAAGACUUCACUGGGGGCAUGUUCAGCACCUUUGCUGGACAUGAGCGCAUUGAGCACGAGAUGCAGAGGGGCGAUGGUGUCUUGUUUCUCUCCGAGAAGAGGCACAACGUGAGCGCUGUCACGGGCGAACGACGCACUCUUGUCCUGGAGCUUUGGGAAGGGUCUGGGCCUGCGAUCUGGUGCGAAGGAGGGGACUCGUGCGGCUUCCGAGGCCGCGCAACCAGCAUGGUCGCCAUGACUAGCCUUGCCCCGACGCCGAUUCUCGAAAAGAGAGCGGAAGUGGCAGCUUGGACACAUGAAGAGGAAGUCAAGCAGCGGCAAGAAAAGGAGAUGGAGGAGAAAAUGAUGCAAGCUCAAGGUCUGAAGCCAGAACCCGUGCCUCGGCCAAUGACCGAAGACACGCUGCGCCGGGAUGGUUGCGACGAGAUGAACCGUGUGCUGCGGACCAUUGCGACGGAGCCGGCAGAUGUUCCAGUGGCGGGCUGCGACAAGAAGCUGCCUCCCGGCUUCCAGAGUGAAGUUGCGGAGGCGCCCAAGUCACCAAAGCCAUCCAGUCCAGUGAGGAUGAGCCAGACUGAGACGCGCUUGCAGUGGCGCAGCAGGGUGGACAACUCUCUAAGGCGACUCAUGCUGAAUGUAGACCUCGAUGGGGACGAGCGCCUCAGGGACUUCGCUCACCAGGCUCGAUGCAACCAUCUCGACAAGAUCUUCGACUGGUACCAGACACACGGUGGGAAAGAAGUUCGCAAGGAGAUUCAGAGGGCGAAUGCUCCUGCCUUCGUGCGCUACAGUCAGGAUGGGCCAGUAAUGCCUGGUUCUCUACGAGUGCCAAAGACGCCGAAGGAGAAGAUGGAGAAAAAGGUUGACAAGAAGGACACGUCCUUGCCGGGCUUGGCGCGCGGCAUCUCGUCUCCUGCUCUCAUUGCAGCCGGCUCGUUGAACAUGGACAUGAGCCCAGCUGGCACCCCACUGCAUACGCCCAAGGCGAGCAAAUGA